AGUGAAUUGCGCAGGGGAGGAUAUCUAUAAACCUAUGUUCGACACCUCUCGUGCGUAACGUGGGCUUCGGAACUGUGCACGAUUCACUGCGGAGGUAAUUAUCUUGGGGAGAAUUGACAUCGGAAACCAGUAGAUUGCUGCGCCGGAGCCUCCGAUAGUGGCUUUAUGGCGGCGUGGAAGCUCCUUGUGUUCGUGGUGUUUCUUUCGCUAACUCUUACCAACAUCAGAGUCGAGGCUGAUGCCUCAAUCUCGGAUGACGAUGGUGAAGUCAAGGUUUCAAGAUCGGGGGAUCUCGAUGGGUCUGUGAUAGAGAAGCUCAAUUCCAAGAUCGUUGCUCUUGAAUCCCUUGUUGAUCAGAAAACCAAAGAAGCAAAAGGUAAAGAUGAGGUUAUUGUUGCUAAGGAGAAGAUAAUUGCAGAAAGAUUAGAAAACAUUGCAUCUUUGGAGAGUGAAAUUGCAGCACUACAAAAAAAAGGCAAAAAGGAUGCUGCUGAACAAGUAGGGAAGGCACAUGCAAGAGCUAGUGAAUUGGAACUGCUAGUGGAAAAACUUAGAGAAGAAGCUAACCUUAAAUACAAGGAAAAAGAACAAUUGGAAGUUCGGGUGGCUGAAGCUGAAAAGAAGUCAUCAGAUGUGGAUUCUAAACUCGAGAGUCUUCAAAAGAUUAUUGAUGACCAAAAAGCUAAGUUGCGAAAAACUGAACGAGCUCUUCACAUUGCUGAGGAAGAAAUGAUGAAAGCAAAGUUGGAAGCAACAUCCAAAGUUAAAGAGUUGACAGAGGUUCAUGGUGCUUGGCUUCCACCUUGGCUGGCUGUACAUUAUAAUAAAUAUCGGUCACUGUUAGAUGAAAAUUGGCAAGCUCAUGGAAAACCUGCUCUGGAAACAUUGAAACAUAAGGCUAUUGAAAAGAAGGCCCAAGCGGAAGAGUGGGCUGCACCGCAUAUGGAAACAGUUAAAACUAAAUGGGUACCUGCCAUUAAGGAACAGUGGGUAGUGAUAGCCACAAAUGUUGAACCUCAUGUGCAAACACUGACUACGAAAACUGUUGAGUUUUAUGAAGUGUCCAAGGAUGCUAUAAAACCACACAUCAUUAAAGUGCGCAAAGUAGCUGAUCCAUAUAUUCAGGAAUUGAGGAAACAAAGCAGGCCAUAUAUAGACCAGGUUGCUGCUGCUGCAAGACCCCAUGUUGAUAAAAUACGCACUACCUUGAAGCCCUACACCCAGCAGGUGGUCCAUGUUUCUGGAAAAUUUCUCGAGUCGGCAACAGUAUAUCAUAACCAGGUUCAAGACAAAGUUCAUGAGAAACUGAAGAGUCAUGAGCUUACAAAGCCUCUUGCCACAAAAGAGCUGGUUUGGUUUUCAGCCUCUGCCAUACUGGCUUUGCCUAUCAUUUUCCUGUUGAAAAUGUGUUCAGCCGCUUUUGGUAAGAAAGCCAAAAAGCCCAGUCGAAGUGGCAAUGCAACCCAUUCUCGCCGGAAAAAGAGGGUACAUCCAGACAAGUAAAUCCGACAAAAGUUCCACCCUCAUUUUGGGACAAGGUUACUGUUGUUUCGAUUCCUGUGUGCUCGGAGCUUUUGGAGUUUUUGCUAGUUAAAGUACAGUAUCCAUCCCUAUGUUUCUUUGCACUUCUAUAUCAUAUAUAGAACGUAGAAUGGGGGAUAGAUAGUUGUAAUUUUUCAGGAUGUUCUAGUGAAAGUAUUCUAUGUUGUCUGUGUAAUCUUUUGUAUCAUCAACUCUGUUUUACAGCCUGAACCUUACAAGCCCACGAUUCAAACUCUAAGUUGAUUCAGUUAUGGAUGAAACCGGACAUAUAGUUUUAUUUUAUUUUAUUUUUU